UUGUUCGCGCUUGCGGCCACGGAGGGCCACUGCUGCUGUUGUUCUCGACGCCUCCGCCGUCCAGCUCGACGCCGAGCCUCGCUCCCCGACGUCGCACAGCCCCCUGGUAACCGCAAAGGCUACUCUCGCGCCGCUGCCUGCACUCCCCAGCGAGCACCGCAGCAGCAUCCGCCCGUACCCGGCCCCGCCCAAAUCCGGCGACAUCCGACAACCCUCUGCAGACACUCCCUCCCACAAGUCCCCACUUCGACCAGAGACUGCUUUCUAGACAACCAGACGACCUAGCCUACACCUCCUAAGCCCCUGCAUGCCAGCAGUCAUGGCGGCACACCCACAAGCCUCGACCCUCUACAUGCCCAUUGUAUCCCCGCCUACGCCUGCCCCCUCGCCUCGUCUCUCUGCGUUCGAGCCGCCAACUAUCAGCGCGAGCAUCGAAGACCCGGCCUGUCAAGCUCGUCGCGAGUUUGCUGCCCUCACGCCAUCUCUCCGCUUCCAGUACUUGGCCGGCCUCCUCGCGGACUGCACCCCCGCCGAGCUCCUCUUCAUCUCUACCACGAUUACCCCGCUCCUUCGGCGAGACUUCCUGAAGGACCUCCCAGCGGAGCUCGCCUUCCAUGUUCUAAGCUUCAUCGACGACCCGAAGACCCUCGCUCGCGCAAGCGGUGUCAGUCGGGCAUGGCACCACCUAUUGGACGACCAGUGGAUAUGGCGGCGGAUGUGCGACGUCCACGGCUACGGCGUACCGGAGGGUGAACGUAGACAGGAGCUCAGAGAUGAGGAGAGCGUCGCGGACGAGGACUUGGACGCCAUCUCGAACAUAUCCGUAUCCGCCCCCACAGUAUCUACGUUGAGUAUGCAGCAGUUGUCUCCGCCCCUACAGCCUCGCUUUUCCUAUCGCAAGCACUUCCGUUACGAGUAUACAACCACUUCCAACUGGUUGCACGGAGGGAAGCUCCUGCGAAUGCAUCGCAUGCCCCUAGUCCCCGCAUCUCGACAAGCCCCUCCGCAGGCUGAGCCGCAAGGUGGACAAGCUACGCAGCCGUCAUCUGCCAUCCCUACGUCUGUCGCUAUAGACGAUAACUGGGUCGUCGUGGGGCUGGCGAACAGCCGCAUACAUGUCUUCAGCGCCCGGACGGGCGUGCUAAGCCGGACGUUAGUGGGCCACGAGAGCGGGGUUUGGGCGGUCAGCCUGGUGCGAGGGUCCGACGGCACCAAGAACUCUACCACCAAUCCGCACGAUAGAGAAUACGACGACGCAGAAGUGGAGGACCCUGCGGGAGAGAUGGACAUGGACUUUGACGACGAGUCCCUCGACCCCGCUGAGUACGACCCGCUCAUGCCGCCCACGCUAAGGCACGCACUUGGGCUCGACACCGGCGCUGAGGGGAGCGCCAAGCGGACAAGGCGGCGGUCGGCGUCGGACGUUUUCAGCAGCGCGGGCGGCCCGAGGAGCGGGAGGCCGAGGAAGAGCGGGAGCUCGCGGCCGCGGUCAGCGCUCUUCAACAAGCCAAGUGAGCCUAGCGGAGCAUCGGAUGGGUGGGGCCAGCCGCAUGCGUUGGUUGUGAGCGGUGGAUGCGACAAGGAUCUCAGGGUUUGGGAUGUCAAGUCGGGGUACUGCAUCUAUGUCCUCUCGGGCCACACGUCUACCAUCCGCUGCCUGAAAGUCCUUCACGGGCGUCCCAUCGCCGUGACAGGCUCACGCGAUCGCACCGUGCGCGUCUGGGAUAUCCAGCGCGGGCGACUCCUGCGGACGCUCGAGGGGCACGAGCAGAGCGUGCGCUGCCUCGACGUGUGCGACCGGCGCGUCGUGAGCGGGAGCUACGACUGCACGUGCCGCGUGUGGGACAUCGAGACGGGGGAGUGUCUGCAUGUCCUGAGGGGACACUUCCACCAGAUCUAUUCCGUGGCGUUUGAUGGUGUGCGGAUCGCCAGUGGUGGUCUGGACACCACCGUCAGAGUGUGGGAUGCCGCAUCUGGAACGUGCCUCGCCCUUCUGCAAGGGCAUACGGCACUCGUCUGCCAACUGCAGCUCUCGCCGACCAUGCUCGCCACGGGCGGGUCAGACGGGCGGGUGAUUGUCUUCUCACUCGACAAGUCCUUCACGACCCUGCAACGACUGUCCGCGCAUGACAGCUCUGUGACGGGGCUGCAGCUGGACGAGCGGUUCCUCGUCACGAGUGGGAACGACGGGCGGGUGCGGCUGUUCCGGUUCGACCAGGCGCGGGGGCUGGGCAAGUGCGAGUACGUGCGCGAGCUGACGGAGCCGACGGAGAGCGUGUGGAAGGUCGCGUUCACGCGGGAGACGUGCGCGAUCAUGAGCAAGCGCGGCGGGAAGACGGUCAUGGAGAUUUGGAGCUUUAGGCCGGAGGAUGUGGGCCUUUUGAGCGAAACGUGAGGGUGUAAUCGUGCAGUAUACAUAGAGCCCUGGGAGUGACAUUUGUUGUAUAUCUGGACACUGUAGUUGUUAUAUUGUACCCUGGUGAUGCGAGUGUUGCACAUCACAGUGGACUGGCUCGCUAUCAUUGGUUUCAUGACAAGAGCACCAUCAUCAACAGCCACUGAUGGAUGACUGACAGAUGGUAAUUGGUUGGAUGAGAGGCUUAC